AUGGCGGCCGACCAGAAAGUGUGUGAGAUUCGGGCCUUCUCCAUCCUCAUCGACUACGUGCCGCGUCGCUUGGACCUCUCAGCCCUUUCUGCUGGCAACUACGCGCACCUGCUCAACCUCAUCUCAUGGAAGAACAAAGAGAUCGAUUUCACCAAGGCGAGAGUGGUGGGCGUGCAGGGGUGGGACGGACUGGGAGGGGCACUCAUCGCCCAAUGGGCGGAGGACAUCUGUCGGCGCCAGCUGCACCGGGUGGUGAAAGCAGCAGGACCCGGUGUCGAAAUCGAUUUCACCAAGGCGAGAGUGGUGGGCGUGCAGGGGUGGGACGGGCUAGGGGGAGCACUCAUCAGCCCAUGGGCGGAGUACACAGCUUCUUUCUCCCCUCAUCCCAUCCCCAUGGCAGGGCGGUGUCGAAAUCGAUUUCACCAAGGCGAGAGUGGUGGGCGUGCAGGGGUGGGAUGGGUUAGGGGGAGCACUCACAGCCAAUGGGCGGAGGACAUCUGUCGGCGCCAGCUGCACCGGGUGGUGAAAGCAGCCGGGCCUGGUGUUGAGAUCGACUUCACCAAAGCCAGGGUGGUGGGCGUGCAGGGGUGGGACGGAUUGGGAGGGGCACUCAUCAGCCAAUGGGCGGAGGACAUUUGUCGGCGCCAGCUGCAUCGGGUGGUGAAAGCAGCCGGGCCUGUCAAUCCCCUGUGGGCCCUGGGUGCUGCUUCCCUGCAGCUGGUGCUGCUGCCGGUUCAGGAGUACCGGCAGAACAAGAGGCUGAUGCGAGGAGUGAAGAGAGGUGUCAUCUAUUUCCCCUCCUCCUGUAACAACUUCCCCCCUCCUUGCCCGUGUGUCCUUCUACUUCCUCCUGUAACAGGAGCCUUGGCAGCAGCUCAAGAGGUGCUGAACCGUAGUGUGGAAAGAAGCCUGUCCUCGUUAUUAGGUGCUCCGCUAAGGAGGUGGAGGCGAGGGGACGGAAUGCCUGCAGUGGCAGCAGCGGUGGUGAAAGGCAUUCCAGCAGCAGCCAUGGCUCCUGUGGUUGGGGCUGCUGAAGCUCUGGAGGAGACACUUCGAGUGGUCAAACGCACGUGA